UUUUCAACGUGCCCGAGCGGAGACUCUAUGCAAUGUAAUGUUCCCGCGAAAACCACAGAGCCUCCUCCUUCUCAACAAAGCGCGCCUUUUGCCUCCCACAAACCCUAAACUUCUCCACCUUUCUCCCAACCCACCACCACCGCCACUGCCACCGCCGCAAGCGUCUCUUCCCCUCCGCACUUCGAUCUACAAACAACUCCUCCGACGCUGCGCCGAUACCCGCUCUUUGAUCCUCGGUAAGCUUCUCCAUUCCCACAUGAUCAGGACCAGCUACAAGCCCACCAUCUUCAUCCACAACAAUCUCCUCGGCGUGUACUGCAAAUGCCGCGAUUUGGCCAGCGCAUGCCAACUGUUCGAUCGAAUGCCUGUUAGGGACGCCGUCACGUGGAAUUCGCUCAUCGCUGGCUAUUCGCAAAUGGGUUCCGCCGCAAAGGCGCUAGAUGUGUUUAGACGUGCAUGGGAUUCGGAGGUUCCGCUCGAUCGGUUUAGUUAUGCCGGCGCCCUCGGUGCUUGCGCCCAAAGUGGGGAUCUGAUGAAGGGGAGGAUACUUCAUGGCAUGGUUGUGGUUAAUGGGUUGUAUCGCCGUGCUUUUAUAACCAAUUCGCUCAUCGAUAUGUAUUCAAAGUGCGGCAUGAUCGAUGAUGUGAGGUUUGCGUUUGAUCGCGCGGAUGAACUUGACGAGGUAUCGUGGAAUUCGUUGCUUUCAGCUUAUGUACGAAUUGGGUGGCCGGAAGUGGCCGCAAAUAUUCUCGUCUGGAUGCACCGGUCUGGAGUGAGGCUUAAUAGUUUCGCGCUCGGUGGGAUCCUCAAGGCUUGCACGGGCUUUGAUGAUUGCGAGGAGGUCCGGAGGAUGCUACAUGGUUGCGUGAUUAAAAUUGGCCUAGACUUGGAUCUCUUUGUGGGGAGUGCUAUGCUCGACAUGUACGCGAAGAAUGGAGGAUUGGAGGAAGCCAUUAAGGUCUUCGAGUGCAUACCCAAUCCAAAUGUGGUUGUGUUCAAUGCCAUGAUUGCAGGAUUCUCACGGCUUGGGAAUGAAAAGAACGUUGAAGCAAAAAUCGAAGCUUUAAGACUUUUCGCGGAGAUGCUCCGGAGGAGGAUGAGGCUAUCGAAGUUCACGUUUAAGAGUGUACUCGAAGCUUGUAACUUAACCAACUCGAUAAGAUGUGGAAUGCAAAUUCAUGCCCACAUUAUUUUAAAUGGGCUUCAAGAUGAUGAGUUCAUAGGGAGUGCACUGAUAACAUUGUAUUCGAAGUUGCGGUUGAUUGAUUGUAGCUUAAGAUGUUUCCAUCUGACUCCUAAAGAUCAUAGCUUCACUUGGACAUCCAUUGUUACAGCUUAUAUUCAAAACGAGCAAUUUGAAAGGGCAUUGCACUUGUUUAAAGAAUUUCUAGCCCAAGAAAGAAAACCUGAUCAGUUUAUUAUAUCAAGUGUGAUGAAUGCCUGCUCAGACUUGGGCACAACUUGGGCUGGUGAACAGAUGCAGGGAUAUGCUGUGAAAUCUGGACUUGAUAAAUUUACUGUUUAUGGUAACGCGCAGAUUAACAUGUAUACCAAGGCUGGGGAUAUUGGGGCUUCUAUUAAGACAUAUGAAGAAAUUGAUUGCUGGGAUAUUUUCUCUUGGUCUAUGAUGAUCUUAAGUUAUGGGUUUCAUGGAUAUGUAAGAGAAGCUUUAAAGCUCUUUGAGAAGAUAGAGGAGUGUCAAAUCGUGCCGGACGAAAUGACUUUUCUUGCUGUUCUUACUGCUUGUAGCCAUGGAGGACUUGCAGAUGAAGCAUUUAGGUACUAUGAAAGCAUGAUAACAGACUAUGAUUUAUCUCCAAAUGUGAAGCACAUGGCCUGCAUUGUUGAUCUUCUUGGUCGGGCUGGGAGGCUUGCCGAUGCAGAGGGGUUCAUAAUGAACUCAGCCUUCGAAAAUGACCCUCUAAUCUGGCACGCAUUAUUACGAGCCUGCUGCUUUCAUGGAGACAAGGAAAGGGGAAUACGCGUAGGAGAGAGGCUAAUGAUUAUUGAACCCUUCUCAUCUUCAUCAUACAUGUCAUUGUACAACAUGUACUUGGAUGUUGGGAAAGUAUCCAUGGCGAUGAGAACAAGAGGGUUGAUGAGAGAGAGAGGAGUGGGAAAAGAAAUCGGCAUGAGUUGGAUUGAGAUCGGACAGUUGGUCCACACUAUUACUGCUGGAAACAAUUCAUAUAGUAUAGAUGAUCAAGUUUACGCCAAGCUCAAAGAAAUGAUGGCCAGGGUAGAAGGGAAGAUGGGAAAUGUGGGGCUUCAAAUUUUUGAGUUCCAGAAACAAAGUGAAAAGUGGAAGGAAAAUUUAAUAAACGGCCAUGGCGAGUUAAUGGCAGUGGUUCUCGGAAUGUAUAAUUUGCCACAAUCCGUCACUAUAAGAGUGAUGAAGAACCAAAGAGUAUGUGGGGAUUGCCACACUAUAUUGAAGUUCUUAUCAGAAGUAGAAGGACGGGAGAUUGUGCUUAGAGAUCCGUGCCGGUUCCAUUGGUUUAAUUCCGGCUCAUGCUCUUGUGGGGACUACUGGUAACCAAAAGAGAAACAGAGAGUGGCAUUCUCUAUCGUGAAACAUUUGCCAUUGCAUGAAGCUACAAUAAAAAGAAAUGAUCAAAUAAAAGGCCACAUUUGCUACUGUUUCCCUUUCCUUAUGUCUCAAAUCCUAUGCAAUUGAAAGGGCCAGCAACAGGUGGAUUGUUUGUGGUAUAAUACUACAACAAGGAUAAAAGAGCACCAUUUGGCUAUGUAUCUAAUCGCAGAAAUCAAGUUCAAAAAACAAAGCAAAAGAAAAAUAGGAAAUGGAACCAAACAAGGCCAUUCUUCGAUAGUAACGCAAAGGUUGAUCAGGCAAUGCUCCUUUUGUAUAGCAAACAAGUGAUUAAGUGAGUUAACAUGACAAACAUGUGCAAAAAUAAGUAAAUAUAUUUAUAUCUUGAUGAGAUAUAUGAUCGCAUCCUGCCGGACGAAGAGCUGUGUUGCAGACUGUAUGUUACAUGUCGAUGAUCAGAUUCAGAUGGGAGAUGAGCUGAUUUUUCUUUUGUCUUGUCUUUUUUUUUUUCUUUCAUUUCUAUGCAGUGGAUUAGGGACAGAUUUAUGUCUGCUCAAAAGGAACAGAAAAUUUUAAAGAAUACACAUGUAUAUAUAUAUAUAUACAAAAUGAGACACUGGUUAGAAACUUAUCAUUUACAAUAACAAUCUCCUCGGUGUGUGAUUUGCUUUGA